AUGGCUGCAGGAAUCGAGCAUUGUGUCUACUGUUUCGAUGUCUUGGUUGCUGAAUUCGAAAAGAGAAAGCAUCUGGAGCCUGAAUUUGAGAAUAUGGCUUUUCCUUUAUUUGUCACUUGGAAUAUCAACAAUCACGAUAAUACACGUCUUCGUGGUUGUAUCGGAAACUUUGAUGCUUUGCCACUUCAUUCUGGGUUGAAGGAGUACGCGAUCACCAGCGUUUCUCUUCUAACUGAUUUCGAAGAUGCCGAAGAUUAUCUUGAUUGGGAAGCUGGAGUACAUGGAAUUUGGAUCGAAUUCGUCGAUGACCAUAAUCGUCGUAAAACUGCUACUUAUCUACCUGAAAUUGCUGAAGAGCAAGGCUGGAGCAAAGUCGAGACCAUCGAUUCACUUCUUCGUAAAGGCGGAUUCACCGGACGAAUCACGGAUCGUGUUCGUCAACAGAUAAUACUCAGACGAUAUCAAAGCGCGAAGUAUACAAUUACUUAUGCCGAGUAUCUCGAAUAUGUCAAGAGUCGUAAGGGUGUUAUCAUGAGCAGCAGUGACAGCAGUGUAUUGUUGAAAUAUCCUAUCCUUGCAAACGCUACAAAAAUAACAAGCACUACCUCGACAUUGAUAGAAAGGAACAACGUUGGAAAAGGCGUCAGUAAAAAGACUACUAAGAAAGGUACUACAGUUAAAAAACGAAUCUCGAAAACUGAAAAGAGCUUUGUUGAUGGAAUUACCGAUGCUGAUGAUAAUAAUAGUACCGACGAUUUCAAUGGUAUGUAUAAUGGCACGAGUAAUCAGCAGAAUUUAUUUCAUCAUAUCGAUCAAUCAAUUAAAAGUUGCGUUGACGCUUUUUCCCUCUCCCUGACUAUCGCGUAUGCUUGCUUAGAAUUACGUCGGACGGCAAAAAUGAUUAGAGCCUGGUAA